AUGGCCCUGGAAGCCAGCCCUGCUAACACCAAUGAAAGUGCCCGCUCUGACAAGCCGGUUUGUCUAAUCUGGGGGUGUCAACUAAAUGAAAAGAAUCCAUCCUACACGUUUGACAUCCCAGAGGAGUGGUCAUUUGAGCAGCAGCUGGCUCUCAGAACGAUCUGCCUAGGAGCAAAUGCCAAGGAUGAAUUCAACAUUGUGGAGAUCAUAACUCCGAAGGACAAAAAGGAAUCAACUGCAGUGCACAUAGCAACAUUGAAACUUUCUGUGCUUCCAAUGGCUACUCUAGCAGGGCUUGAUCUUACUCCCCCUGUCACGUUCAGGCUUAAAUCGGGGUCAGGACCAGUCUUCCUUGCUGGGCAACAUGUAACAGUUGGCUUGGACUGGAAUGGGGAUGAUGAUCGUGAGGAGGAGGAGGAGGAGGAAGCAGCAUCAGCCUCCUCACAGGAAGAUGAAGAGGUGGAAAGCUCUUCCAAGGAAGAGUCGCCUGUAAAAGCUCCCAAGCGUUCAUCCAGGAAACGUGUGUUUGCCGCCAAGAAGGAUCCAGAACAGUCUGCUCAGGAACAAUCACUGGGGAAAAGAAUAAGAGGAAAGAAGCCAAAGGGAGAACUGAGGAUAUGA